AUGGCGAAGUGGAAAGACUUGCCGCCCGAACUCAAGCAUCAAGUCUUUGAAGUCAUACUCUCGACACGGCCCAAAGCAAGUACAGCCAAUUACGCCGCAGUCUGCAGAGAAUGGCAAGAUUUCUUUGAAAGGAGGACCUUUCGGAAGCUCGUUUUAAAUUACUCGUGCCUGGAUGACUUUCGCCAAAACGCCCGGGGCCGGGAGGAUAUUAUCAAGCACAUUUGGCUGCGUAUCCAACCUCCGAAAUGGGAAUGCUUCUUUUGCUGCAACCGCCUGGAACCAUCUGAACAGCUCACCAGAAACAACCAAGUCUUUACGAAUGCCAUGUGGACACUGAUGGAUAUACUCAGUUCCUGGGGCGAUGUGGACGUCGAUAAUGGCCCGGGGCUCGCCCUGGAGAUUAGUGUGCACGCCCCAAACAGACUGAGGCAUCGCUUCGACUGCUGCGUCUUCGAUAAGGACAUCUAUCCAUGCGAUUUACCCGAGACGUGUACGAUGGAAGAAAACUGCAGUCUAUCACGGCAAGUGCGCCCAUGCGAGCUGCGCGGCAGCAUAUGCAGGCUCGUUCGCGAGCACAUGGGUCUAAUGGAGGAGCUGCGCGCCGUGGAGAAUGUCGAGCUUGACUUUGGCACCAUGAAGGAUGGGCAAACCGCAGAGCUUCCGACUGUGAGAUGCGUCAAGGAGUUGACUAUUCGUCCGCUGAAUGUGCGCCGCUUUGGAUACCAGACGGUGAGGGAGAUUGCGAAAAGUUUUGGAAAGCCUGAGACGUAUAAUUGGGAACCUGAGUUGCUCUAG